AUGGUGACUGGUGAUCAUCCAAUUACUGCAAAGGCCAUUGCCAAGUCAGUAGGCAUAAUCUCGGAAGGGAGUAGCACAGCCCAAGAUAUCGCAGCCGAACGUGGUGUUCCCGUCAGUGAGGUGAACCCUCGCGAGGCCAGUGCUUGUGUGAUCCACGGCUCAGAUCUACGUGACAUGACCCCAGCUCAGAUUGACGAGGUGCUCGAGAACCACUCGGAGAUAGUCUUCGCACGAACAUCACCCCAACAGAAGCUAAUUAUUGUAGAAGGUUUCCAGCGAAUGGGUGCCAUUGUUGCAGUAACCGGUGACGGAGUGAACGACUCUCCAGCUCUGAAGAAAGCGGACAUUGGUGUGGCAAUGGGUAUCACGGGAAGUGACGUGAGCAAGCAGGCUGCAGAUAUGAUCUUGUUGGACGACAAUUUCGCGUCAAUUGUGACGGGUGUGGAGGAGGGCCGUAUAAUUUUCGAUAACUUGAAGAAGUCGAUCGCCUACACUUUGACCUCCAACAUUCCAGAGAUCACGCCUUUCCUGUUGUUCGUCGUGGCUGACAUUCCUCUUCCCCUGGGAGUCAUUACCAUCCUUUGCAUUGAUCUGGGAACUGAUAUGGUACCCGCCAUCUCCUUGGCUUACGAGGAAGCAGAAAGCGACAUAAUGAAGCGUAUGCCGCGUGAUCCUUUGCGUGACAAGCUUGUGAACGAGCGUCUAAUCUCAAUGGCCUAUGGUCAGAUCGGAAUGAUCCAGGCCUGUGCUGGUUUCUUUGUCUACUUUGUGAUAAUGGCGGAGAACGGUUUUUGGCCGAGUCGGCUGUUAGGUCUGCGGAAACAGUGGGACUCGCCUGCCAUCAACGAUGUCGCCGACUCGUACGGUCAAGAAUGGACCUACACACAACGCAAACGCCUCGAGUACACGUGUCACACUGCAUUCUUCGUCUCCAUUGUUGUUGUUCAGUGGACGGACUUGGUUAUCUGCAAGACUCGUACGAACUCCCUCUUUCAUCAGGGCGUGAGGAAUCACCAGCUGACCUUCGGUUUAUUUUUCGAGACCACCCUGGCCCUCUUCCUGUCGUAUUGCCCUGGUCUUGAACAGGGUUUGCGGAUGAUGCCCCUUCGAUGGACUUGGUGGCUUACAGCCCUGCCAUUUAGCUUGUCAAUCUUCAUCUUCGACGAGGUGCGUAAGAAGCUUUUGCGUACCCUGCCCCCUGGCAAUUGGGUCGAACGUGAGACCUACUACUAG